AUGAAGCCUGUCGUUGGAGCCUUUCAAGCUUGGUCUUGUUUCGUCCUUUCGAUAUUUGCCAUCAUAAUUUUGUCCAUCCUUGGACUCGUCUACAAGAACGGCCACGAGGAGUUCGUCGGGGGCAUUGAUGACCCCGAAGACGGAGGUGCCGUAGCCUCUACCAUCUUCGUUGCAGUCUUCGUCUACAUUGGUUUCUUGGUCUGCUGUGGCCUUCAGGGUCUUCUGCACAUGCGCGAGAGUCGACGAGGCGCGAUUGCUUUGUAA